CCAAAAGUUCCACGGAUGGAAUUUGAGAAGGAUGCAUUUUUGGAAGCAGAGUCCGACCAACAAAGAAAUAUUAAUCUGGAUGAAGAAGAUAAACUGUGCAGUUAUCCUUCCACUGCUGCUGAGAAUGCUAACAGUGUUAGCACUGGACAGCUAGAAGAUCUAAGCAGAAGUCCUCAAGAUGGACCAAGACGACCACAAACGAGUGGAUCAAAACUCCCCAACAUGCUCGACAAAGGACAUUCUGCAUUGGUUCAGGAGAACCGGAGGUACAUGAUGGGUGUUGUAGAAAGUUUGCGCUACACAGCUUGUCAGGGAAUCGCACAGCGCAGUCACAGUGAGAAACAGGAUUCAGCUAACAAAGGUAAUUUUCGUGAGAUGCUUGAUGUGAUUGGAAAAUUUGAUCCCAAUGUCCAAAAAAAGCUGACAAUUAAUCCAUCUAAUGCUAAGUAUGUUCAUCAUGACAUACAGAACGAAAUAUUUAAUGUUAUGGCUGAAAUGAUAAGAAAACAAAUCAGCAAUGAAGUGAAAGAAGCUCAACACUUUGCUAUUUUGGUGGAUGAAAGUAAAGAUAUCAGCAAAAAAGAACAAAUAUCUGUUAUUGUUCGUUAUUUGCAGCCAGAUUCAGAGAAGGUGGUGGAAGAAUUUUUGCAUUUCACCCCAGCAGAAGGAUUAGAUGCAGACUCACUUUUUGACUGUAUCAAAAUGACCCUCAGUCGUUGUAAUAUUGAUAUAAAUUGCUGUGUCGGACAGUGCUAUGACGGUGCUGCUGUUAUGUCCGGGUGCAACAAUGGAGUUCAAGAAAAGUUGAGAAAAGAGGUGCCGCAAGCUGUGUACAUUCACUGCCAUGCUCACAGGCUGAAUCUUGUGUUAGUAGACUGUAACUACCUAAGAAACAGCAGCGGAGACAGUCGAACAAGUGACCUGGCACUUCUUGCUAUCAAUCCUUUAAGAACCAGGACCCUGGACAGUGACAGGAUUAUUGAUGCUUUUGCCCUCAACCACAAUAACAGGCGGAUUGUCCUGUUAUGA